GGUUGUUGCUACUGCACGCAGCGGCAACGCGCGCUUAUCAUCCCCCCGCGAACGGUUGGAGCGAUAAGUCGACUCGAUAAAUCGACGGGGGCAAAUCCGCGCUUCACUCCGACCCCGAGCUCCGAAUCACCUAAACACGCGUCGUUCGGCGGAGGGAGGGGGACGAGUGCGAGUGUAUAUAUAUACAUAUACGUGUGGUGCGUUUCGUAAAGGUGCGAGGAAUUUUCCGGACGAUACAUGAAAUUGCGAAUAUCCAGCAGGUUGACGAAUGGUGCUGGUGAAAAAUCCGUCCCCGACGCGCGGCCCGAGCCCCCAACGAGAAAAUGGGAGGAACGGGAGGUCGAGGGAACGAAGAGUUGGAGGACGAGGCUCGCGAGGAAACAGUCCUGGCGAGCAAACUGGUUCUCGAGGAAGUAGUCCAGGAAAGAGCGGUGGCUCCGACACCAAGGGAAAGGGAAAAAACACGCUGUUGCACUCGGCACGGGGUAACGAGGCCGGUAGCAUCGAAAGAUUAAUAGACGGUGAUAAACGGAUAAUUGCGACCAAGCAUCUACUUCCAGAAAACAAUAUAAAUGUCGUCGUCAGGGUUCGUCCGCUCAGUAAUAAAGAAAUUAAAUCCGGUGAUGAAAUGGCCGUUCAGUUUCCCGGCGAUGGACAAAUAUACUGCGACGCGGUUACGAGCAGCGGCGACAAAAAGCCGAAGGUGUUCUCGUACAACGUCGUUUUCGAGCCAAAUGCCACACAGGAGGAUAUCCUGCAGUACUCCGGUAUUAAGAACCUCAUCGAAAUGGCGGUGGAAGGCUUCAGCUGCACCGCGUUUUGUUACGGACAGACCGGAAGUGGCAAAACGCAUACCCUGACUGGACCUCCGAGACUCUUCGAAAAAAUGGAUCCGUACUCGGAGGACCAUGGUCUGGUCUUCCGUUCCUUCGUCUACCUAUUUAAAGUCCUUCAAGAACACGAGAAUUGCAACUUUGUUCUAAAGGCUUCCUUUCUGGAAAUCUAUAAUGAGAAGGUGAUAGAUCUCUUAAAUCCCGGCUCUUCGAGGAAACCCCUGGCAGUACGGUGGAGUAAGAAGACGCGUGGAUUUUUUGUCGAGAAUCUCUUCACGGUAGAAUGUGAAGAACUGGACGAUCUUCUGGCGGUUCUCGAAGAAGGACUGAGGAAUAGAUCGAUCGGUACGCACAAUAUGAACGAAUAUUCCAGCAGAAGCCACUCGAUCUUGACUAUAGCUAUAACUUCUGAGCAAGCAAUGGAAAACGGUGUGUUCAUCUCGAAACAAGGAAAAAUUAAUUUCGUGGACCUUGCCGGAAGUGAAAUGACGAAGAAAACACAGAGCGAGGGCAAAACCUUGGAAGAGGCGAACAAUAUUAACAAGAGCCUCAUGGUAUUAGGAUACUGCAUCUCUUCCUUGAGCGAUGGAAAACGGAAAACUGGCCAUAUUCCUUAUCGGGACAGUAAAUUGACGAAGCUUUUGGCCGACAGUCUCGCUGGAAACGGCGUCACGUUAAUGAUCGCCUGCGUUUCGCCGGCUCGUUCAAAUGCCACCGAGACGUUAAACACCUUGAGAUACGCCGCGAGAGCUAAAAAGAUCGCUACGAAGCCUCUUAUAGUGAUGGAUCCACGCGAAGCUCUGAUUCUCAGCUUGAAGCGCGAAGUGGGGGCUCUUCAGACCGAGAACGAUCAUUUAAGGCUGGCUCUUCAUCUCAGCAACGAGGCUCAAAACAUGAUCCGCAGCGAAUCGAAAAGUGACAGACUGAUAGCCGUGACACCGCCACCGGUGGAUCUCGACAAAUUGGCCGAAAUGGAUAGCUCGGAGCUGAGCACAUUGAUCCAAGCGUACAUCAGCGAGAACGAGGCGCUACGGCGCGAGAAUGCGGAGCUCUAUGUCACGCGGGACCAAGUGAUACGAGACCAGGAACUCGUUUGUCGGGAAAACGAGAGGCUGCUCAAGAAACUCGAGGACGUAAACUCGGUGUGCUGCCGAUCGCCAAUAAUACCAGCGAGACCCUCGUACUCGGCGGAAUUAUUGAAUGACAACAACGAAGAUGUACCUGGUGCGACCAACGUCUGGAUGAAUCCGAACGCUGCUCCCAGCCCAGUGUAUUCCUUCUCAAAGCACACGCUCGGUAGCGGAGUAUACAGAUCAGCCGGCAGUAUGCCGGAAAAGGUGCAGAAGGAGCUCGACAAGCGUAGGAUCGUCGGCAGCUAUAAUAACAUUGCCGAAACCUACAAGGACAAGAGCAAUCACCGUCGACACAAUUCGUGGGACAACGACAAUCGGCCUAUGAUCAGUCCGGAGCAGAGAAUCUCAUCGGUGGAUGUAAAUCAUCAAGGUCAAAGGACGACCUUGCGGCGCACCUCGACGGUCCCUGAGGAGGGCAAGCCUCCGCCGACGAGGUCGAGAUCGGACGGCUCCACCGCCACCGUCGCCGGCACCACCACCACGAUCGCCACCAAUGUGGCUACCGAGACGCGCGCCGAGCAAUCUAACGGAUCGCCCGAUUCGAUCCUGAGUGGCCCUCUCGAGGAGGGCGGCAAUUCCGCUCCCGACUCCGCGGAAUCGGUCGCCCCCACCGUCCCCUUCCCGCCGAUAUCGCACUCGCCCUCGUCCCUCGCGACGACGGAAUCGGACCCGCGGAACCGGAGGUCGCAGUCGCGGGCCAGCGGGAAGGACAGGAUGAGGAACGCCGGGGGAAGAAUGAAGGACGAGCAGCGGGCGUUCGGGAGUCCGGUCCCCGUCGACGACGACGACGACGCGCGAUUUUGAGGUG